CGGAAUCAGGCACGCAGACGCCUUCGGGAAGGAUUCAAAUUCAGUGAGGACCAGGCCUUAGUAAAAUCAGAAGAAACUAUCAAAGAGAUAGCACAACGGAUUUUACGAGAUAAACUUGGUGAAAAGGAUGUAAAGGCCGAAGCAAUAAAGUUAGCUAAGUCGGCUUUGAAUGAAGUUGCUGGGUCUUCUAGGCUUUCCCGGCUUCGGAAAGAAUUACGAAAUCUUAAUGCUCCAUAUAAUAUAGUUGAAGCGACAAAAACCGUUGAAAUUACAGAGAAGUCUAAUAAAAUUCAGGCAAGUCGGCGAAAAAUUGCCGAGGAUUUAAAAAAAAUCGAUUACCCAGAUCAUUUUACGCUUAGAAUCGACUCUGGAGUAACAGGCUUUGCCAAGAACAGGGGUCAACCAGAUAUUCCUAGAAAAUUUAGAUCUAUGGAGAAGAACCAAGAACGAGCUAAGGAACUACUCACUUGGGUACAGAAUGCUAUAUCGUCUGACCGAAUAGGUGAUCCCGGUAAGCCAGGAGUUAAAUGGUUCAAUGGAUUCUUAAAAUCGUAUGGACUUAUUUCGCGUUAUUUACGUAAAAUGGGUGCAGUAUAUGCCAUCGUAGCGCAUGGAGCCAAAAACCUAGCCCACGCCAUGACAAUUGCCCAAGAGGCAUUAAGACAUUCUCCAGAUAACAACAUUUCUCCAACGCAGAACUAUGCCGUCGUGAAUUACAGGCCAAGAGGUGUAUCUCCAGAAAAAGCAACGCCAUUUCAAUUCUGUGACAGACCAGAAGCAGUAGCGGAAAUUGUGCACAAGUAUUUCGAGAGACCACCAUCUAGGUGGAAUAUUACUGAUUUCUUAGAAGAGUGCGACUUGGAACCAUUCAACCGCAAAAUAGAAUCUUAUACAGCAUCUCUUGAAGUUAUUGCUGACAUGGGAAAAUACAGGAGAGGCAAGAAAUAUGAUAAGGCAAGACAGUUGCUAAUUCCUACCAUUCAAAACUUUGGGUUGAGCCACAAAGCCAGUGUUGGGGCACGGGAACUUUGGGGAAAACGGCCUGAUUACAAAGUAGCGAGAAAAUGGAAAGAAUGUAAGGAGCAUAAUUCAGCCAAUGAACCUUCGGUUACAAUUACAGAAAACACUAUAGUUGGGCCUGCUAUUUUUGGGGUUAACAAAAGAACCUUUAUAACGAACCAGAAAGAAUAUAAUGAUAAAUUGGAGGAUGAUUAUUCGAUCGAGACUGACAGCGAAUACGUUUCCAGUGAUGAUCUUGAUUUCUCCGAUUCAGAUCGUGAAGAGAAGGAGAUCGAUAAAAGAAAACAUGGAUAUGAUUAUGAUGGUGAUACGCAAAGUAGAGAGUUACCACGCCCUAGUCGGAUGGAACCGGGCGUAUUAUAUUCAGAUCCAAAACUUCAUUUCAAUGAUCAAGAAUGGAUGACAGGGUAUGCGACAUUAGAACGUCUUAAUGCCACAACCAAAGAUAAAUCACUUCUUCAGAACAUCACAGAUAUUAUCUCCAAAGGCGUAUUAGAAAAUAUUUCUGGCUUCUUUUCAGGGCGUACGGCUGCGGUACCGCAGAAAAAUACAGAAAACAAUUCAGUCGUACGGUUGAAAAAUAUUGAACAAGAUUCUGACGAGGAACUUUCUAAUCGUAUGA